UCAAUAACCUCACGUUUAAGCACACACGGUCCCUUAUCUUUAUCUAAAUAUCUACACUUCCUUCUGACAGAUACCAAUUUUUGCGACUUUAUGCGGCUACGAUAUACGGUCAAAAUAGUCUCACGAUGAUUAAUUCAGUGAGGUCCGUCUUUGCUCUACUUUGUCUGGUUAAAAUUUCUCAUUGUUUAGAUUGUACACUAUCAAAGGAAUAUAAUGAACUUUUACAUCUUAUACAUGACGACAACUGUAUGAAUGUGGAUUUGGUGUUUCAGUACCUAGAGGAUCUAAACAAUCAGGUCGGCGUUAACUGCAGGAUAAGUGUGAUUCGUGCUCUUUCAGAGCACUUUGGAUCACAUCCUCACAUACCUCAGCAAUGUAGUUGUAAGGGCCAUUACAGACUGCAGGAAUAUCACCAGGGAUCAGGAGAUGGUGUAUCUGAUAUCAAAGACCAUUGUCUUCGGAAUGACAAUUCAUAUCGAGAUGUGUACCGUCACUUCUUUGAAUCUCAAGGGUCAAAUGGAAAUAACAUUGCAUGCAGAACACAUCAUUCAGUUUGGAAUUACCUAAGGCAUAUUUCGACCGACACAUAUUACCGCAAUUCUUGUCAGAAAGAUAUCAUAUACCAUCUAAGUUAUGCGUUUGAAAAACAUCCUGACCACUGUGUAUGCACUGCAAAUUCACAACAAACAAGUGGUCAGCAUUCUAAUGGCCACCAAGGGCAAACAGCCGAUCCAUGCAGUCAGUACAGCAGUUACAAUCGACUCCUUGACCUUGGAAAUACGAAGGACUGUUUGAGUGCAAACUCAGUAUGGCACUAUCUAGAUGAUCUCCAAGUCAAAAGUUCAGAAUGUCGUAAGAAAAUUCAGCAUCAUAUGGCCAACAAAUACCAACACGCAACUUCACAGCAUCACGAUGGGUGUACAUGUCGCGCGCGUGCAGCGCUUCAAAACCACGAAAUAUACAGAAUAAAUAACGGAAGCCUGUUUGACUGUAGGGAUCACACAAGCGGCAGCUUAUAUCAAGAUAUUGAUCACAGACUUUUUUCCAAUAUUGAAGCCCAAGGGUGUAUAAACCCCAAAAAUUACCCGAAAUUUUUUUCCUAA